UAUAGAAAAGCAUCAAUUUUACUAGCAGUCAAUUGCGGUCAGUAACUGUAGCCAACAUGUUAGCAAUUAUAUCGCUGUUACUGGCUCUGGUUAUUGGGGCUAGUUUUUACUUAAAAUGGAAACAUUCCUACUGGUCGCGAAGAGGCGUGCCAUACAUGGAACCAGAGUUUUUCUUUGGAAAUUUUAAAAAAGCCUCUUUGGGAAAAAUGCUGCCGAGUGAAGUUAUUGUCAAGGCAUAUUACGAGUUCAAAAGUAUUGGAGCCAAGUUUGGAGGAAUUUAUUUUGCGUAUACCCCUAUAUGGAUUCCUCUGGACACCGCUCUGAUCAAACAAUUGCUUCAAAAGGACUAUUGGAAUUUUGCUGGACGCGGCAACUUCUACCACCAUAAAAACGACAUUCUCACCAAUCAUUUGGCCUUUUCCGAAGGCGCAGGCUGGAAAAGUUUGCGGGCCAAACUGUCGCCAGCGUUUUCCAGUGGAAAGGUGAAAAACAUGUUUCAUAUCAUUGAUAGGGUGGGAGACCAAGCAGAAAGCAUAGUUAUGGACUUGUGCAAGAGGAAUCAACCGCUAAGUAUUAAAGAAGUGCAGGCCUGCUUUAGCAUUGACGUUAUUGCAAGUUGCGCUUUUGGAAUCGACAGUAACUCCCUGGACAACCCCAAUAACGAGCUGAGGCAGCAUAGUCGAAAAUUAUUUACACCUAAUUUCCUGUCAAGACUAUUGGAACAAUUCGUGAAUUGGGACGUAUUAAAUUUCCUUGGAUAUUCUGGAUUAGGAAAAGACGCCGAUAAUUUUUUCGUUAAGCUUAUUUCAGAUAUGAUCAAUUAUCGAGACAAAAACAAUGUAACGAGGCAAGAUUUCUUGCAACUGAUGCUGAAUUUGCGACAGAAGGAAAACACAGCGGAUGGUAAUGAAAAAAACGUUCUUGCCCGUGAUGAGGUUAUUUCCAACAGCUUUUUGUUGUAUGGUGCAGGUUCUGGAACUGUAUCUUCAAAUAUGUCAUUUCUGAUGUACGAAAUGGCUCGCCACCCCGAAAUUCAAGAAAAAGCACGCAGAGAAAUCUGGGAAGUUUGCAAAUACGACCCGGAAUAUAAAGUAACCUAUGAGGAUCUGCACAACUUAAAGUACUGUGACAUGAUAAUAAACGAAACACUUCGAAUUCAUACUUCGGUCACGGAAGUGCGUAGAAUGUGCACAACUGACUACCAAGUACCUGGAACCAAUGUUACCAUUCAAAAAGGAACUUUCGUGCUGAUUCCUAUUUGGGCUCUUCACAAUGAUCCGGAUUACUAUGAGAAUCCCAAGGAAUUUAAUCCUGAAAACUUCGGCGAGGAAAAAAAAGCUGACAGGAAAAAUGCUCCGUUUUUCCCAUUUGGAGAAGGAAUUCGAUCAUGUAUUGGUAUGCGGUUUGCUCUGAUACAAAUGAAACUUGCAAUGGUGAAGUAUUUGAAGCAUUUCAAAUACGAGCUCAACUCAAAAACACCCAAAGAUAUACAAUAUGAAGCUAGUCCAGUUGCUAUUGAACCGAAGGGUAAUGUUCUGUUUGAUAUAAAAAAAGUAGACAUUGAAAAUUAUAUUUGAAUUAAAUAAUUAUUAUAUACAUGUAGGAGUGUAUAGGCGAAAACGUUAUUUCCAGCCAGACAUAAUGGUCUAAAUGUGUACAUUUCUGGAAUUAUAUACAUAUCUAUAUUUUUAAAA